UAUUUGGUAGCUGAGCUUUGUACAGUUGUUAUUUUUGGUUUUGAAAAACUGCAAUGGAGAGGAGCGGCGGAGGCGACGGCGACGCGCGCAACUGGUCGGAGGCGGUGGAGGACUUGCUCGACGCAGGCGAAGUUGAUAACGCUGUCUCUCUUCUCAAGUCAACUAUAGCCAAUCUGGAAAACGAAUUGAAAGAAGAAAAAGUCUCGGGGACUGAAAUCAAUGGAAAACCCUUGUCGUCGACAUCUGAUCAACUGUCGACGGCGCUUCACGACUUGGCAAAGCUCUAUUCAUCUAUAGGAUUUUCUCUCGAAGCCGAUAAACUUCGUUCCCGCGCUGAUCAAAUUAAACACGGAAAGGGGAAAGAUUUAUCACUGGAAAAGGAAUCAAGUUUCAACUAUUAUUCCAAGGGUCGGGUUCCACAAUACGAUGUAGAACAAGGUUGCGAGGGGAGUUCUUCCCAUUUGGUAAAUGAUGGCCAGAAAGGAGAGAACUCUGGAGAGGAUGAUUGGGAGGCUAUGGCAGAUCGAGAUCCUGAGGAGUUACUUCCCUCACAGAAUUUGCCAGAUGUAUCAGAGCUCUCCGUGGAAGAUUCAACUGCUCAAAGUCCCAAGAGACGAGGAAGGGGAACAUUCAUGUACAAGAGUCGGGGCCUGUACAGCGACAGCCUGUCUGAUGAACCGGUUGCUGAUACAGACGACUCUGAAAGUGAAAAUAAUCUUACUUCCCGUGUUGAAGAUCCGGAUAAGAUAAACCAAAUUUGCGGUACAAGUCAUGUUCUUGUUCUGACUGACUUCCUUCCAAGCACUAGAACAACUGACUUAGAGAAGCUGUUGGAGAAAUUCAAGAAUAGGUUUGUUAUUCGCUGGGUGAAUGACAGAGCAUCACUCGCAGUAUUCAAAACGCCUUCUCUUGCUCGUGAAGCUAUCAACUCUAUCAGUUGUCCGUUUACUGUUCGUGUGCUUAAUGAGUCCGAUGAGGUUUUGAGGUCAAUUCCACCAAAAGAUUUGGAGCCACCACGGCAAAGGCCGGCGACCUCAGUACGCACAGCUCAAAGAUUGAUUGCACAGAGUAUAGGAAUAAAGCUGCCUUCAAAUGUUGGAUCAUCAGAAGCAAGAAAACAAGAAGCAGCUAGAAAAAGCCGGAUAAUUUCGAGGCAAAACAUGAGGGAUGAUGCUUGGGGCGGCGACAACAAAUGGUCGCAAUGACCAGGUUUUGUUUGGUUUGGUUUGCUGGUGCAUAUCUUUGAUUCUUCUCUACAUAUUUUUGAUAGAGGGGAAAAUUGUGAAAUUGUGACCAAAGAGAGAGGAAUAUAGUUUUGAUUGAAGAUUUGAUUUUUGUGUGUUUGUGUUUGUCUGUGGAUCUGAUCAUAUCCUCAUGUAUUCACGUAGCAAUAUUGAUUUUGAUACUCAAAUGGUAUAAAUAGAUUCUUUCUUCUAAUAUGCAAUCGAUUAU